AUUUAUUUUAAUGUUUUAAUUUAGUUUCUCAGAAGUAAUUAGAACGUUUACAUUCGUAAAUAAUUCAAAAUGUUGAAAAAUAUUUUAAACAGACGAAAAUGUGUUGUAGAGAAAUACCAUAGAUAUUUUGCAAAGUCGAUUUCAAAUCACUCUAACAAUGAAAACAUUAAUUAUCAAGAUGUUGAGCAUCAUUCAAAAAUGAAAGACCAUUGGUGGAACUUAAAUGGUCCUGUGAAAGGACUGCAUUCGUUGAAUGAACUACGAGUACCAUUUAUUCGUGAUGGUUUGGUGAAUUCAAAAAAAUCAAAUAAAGAAAACAAGUUUACAAGUAAGCCUUUAAGGGAUUUUAAACUUUUAGAGGUUGGCUGUGGGGGCGGUAUUCUGACAGAGCCAUUGGCCAGGUUAGGUGCUGAUGUCGUAGGACUUGAUGCUAGUGCAGAACUAAUUUCGGUAGCUGAAACUCAUAAGAUGCAAUCAGAAAAUAUGGACAAAAUUUUAUAUACAACCAAUUGUAUUGAAGAAUACUCAAACAAUAAUAAGGAAUGUUUUGAUGCUGUUAUUGUUUCUGAAGUAUUAGAACACAUCAAGGAUAAGAAUAUGUUUAUCGCAUCCUGUUUGAAAACAUUAAGACCUAAAGGUUCAAUAUUCAUUACAACAAUAAAUAAAAGCUUUAUGUCUUGGCUUUGCGGCAUAAUUAUUGCAGAAAGGUUAUUAAAUAUUGUACCAAACAAUACACAUGAGUGGGAUUUGUUUAUACAACCCCACGAGACACAAAGAAUUUUGGAAAUUAAUAACUGCCAUAUUCAAAAAUUACAUGGAAUGUUUUAUCAAGUAUGGAACAAUAGUUGGUCAUGGUGUUCAAACACUGACAUUAACUAUGCAGUGCAUGCCAUAAAAAAUAUUGAAGAUAGUGAUGCUUAUCAUGAUAAUUAGUUAUAAUAUACAAUAUUAAAUAAUCAAUUCAAGUAAUUUAUCUUUUUAGUAUUAUGAAGACAUCAUAUUCUAUUGAAUAUUUAUGUAUAUAUACAUAAUACUAAUUAUAUUAUAUAUAAUAAUAUAAUUAUAUAUAUAUAGUGGUGACCCAAUAUGAGAGUGUUCGGAGAUACGAGCCGCCAAUAAAGCGAUUUGUUGCUUUGACAUAUGAGUAAAAUCGAGAUACGAGCUUUGAGAGAUUAAGAGUUUCCUAAAAAAUGUUAAUGGCAAAGUGCAAAUAUGAUAAAUUUUGUCAGUUGUAACAAUGAUUUUGCUAUUGCUACCAUAGAAAUACUAUUUGGCUGUUUUAUGAUAGUAAAUUAUUUUGUAGUUAGUCAUUUCAAUUUCAUAUUCAUUGUGUACUAUCGAUUUACAUAUGCAAAUAUA